UAAUUUAUAGAAGACCCGCUCCGGCGCUGCAAGGGUACAGUUGUCUAUUUCUGCUUUCGGUUUUAAUAUAUGAUAGCAUUUACGUUGUUUCCCUCCUUGUGGAAGUUGAGUGGAAUGAAGAUUAGGAGAAGGUUCUGAGUCCUUGAAGGAGAAAGUGUCCCCUGGUGCCAACAGGGCAGACAGUAGCUGCUCUCAGAGCUUCUGGGUAGCGGGACAUCACUGGGAGCUGGAGGCGGACCGCUAGCUCUCUGCUCCUGUAUGUCACCUCGGAUCUAACACCACGGCAGCGAGCCUGUUUCAAGCCACCCCACAGUUUCUGAAUGAGGUCAAGAUCUGGCCGUUGCAUCUGCCAGUCCUUGGUAGAUCCCACCUUAUUUUCAGAUGGAUCUGCAGCUGAGCUUGAUAGCAUUUCUAGGACUCCUUUGUUGCUGUAAUUCUCAGAAAGAGGGGAAUGAGUGCAUUAGCGCCAAUGCCAAAUACUGCGGAGAGUGCAUCCAGGCUGGAGCCAAAUGUGGCUGGUGUACAGAUCCAAACUUCCUGAAACAGGGCGAGACCGUGUCAAGCCGAUGUGACGAGCUGCAGUCCCUCCUAAAGAGGGGCUGCAACACAUCAUUAAUUGAGAACCCCGUUGGAAAACUGGAGACCGUCAAGAACGUUUCAGUGACCGAUCGCAGUAAAGCACCAAAGAAUUUGAAACCAGAGGACAUCACUCAGGUGCAGCCCCAGAAAGUCAGCCUUACUCUCCGAUCUGGUGAGCCCCAGUCUUUUAAACUGAAGUUCAAACGAGCAGAGGAUUAUCCCAUCGACCUGUACUACUUGAUGGACUUGUCCUACUCGAUGAAGGAUGAUCUGGAGAAUGUGAAGAAUCUGGGGACCAGUCUGAUGCUGGAGAUGUCAAAGAUCACCUCUGACUUCAGGAUAGGCUUUGGGUCCUUUGUAGAAAAGACAGUCAUGCCUUACAUCAGUACCACCCCAGCCAAGCUGCUGAAUCCAUGCACAGGCGACCAGAACUGCACCAGCCCGUUCAGCUACAAGAACGUGCUGCCUUUGACCAGCGACGGCUCGAGGUUCAACAACCUAGUGGGCGUGCAGCAGAUCUCGGGGAACCUGGACUCCCCUGAGGGGGGCUUUGAUGCCAUCAUGCAAGUGGCUGUGUGUGGGGACCAGAUUGGCUGGAGGAAUGUAACUCGUCUGCUGGUGUUUUCCACUGACGCUGGAUUCCACUUUGCUGGGGACGGCAAGCUGGGUGGCAUUGUACUGCCCAACGAUGGGAAAUGCCACCUAGAGAACAACAUUUACACAAUGAGCCACUACUAUGACUAUCCCUCAAUCGCUCACCUGGUUCAGAAGCUGAGCGACAACAACAUUCAGACCAUUUUUGCCAUCACAGAAGAGUUCCAGCCCGUUUACCAGGAACUGAAAAAUCUGAUACCAAAGUCUGCAGUAGGCACUCUGUCUGCCAACUCCAGCAAUGUUAUCAACCUCAUCAUAGAUGCUUAUAAUUCUCUUUCUUCUGAAGUGAUUCUGGAGAAUAGCAAGCUUCCAGAGGGAGUGACUAUAGCGUACACGUCCCGCUGUAAGAACGGAGUAACCAAUAAGGAUGAAAAUGGAAGGAGGUGCUCCAAUAUCUCCAUUGGAGAUGAGGUUCAUUUCAACAUCAGCAUCACCUCUAAGGGUUGUCCAAAACAAGGCAAGCCUGAGAUUAUUAAGGUAAAGCCCCUGGGAUUCACUGAGGAAGUGGAGAUUACCCUGAACUUCAUCUGUGAGUGUGACUGUCACAGCAAAGGCAUUGAGAACAGUCCAGACUGCCACUUCGGUAAUGGGACCUACGAGUGUGGAGCCUGCAGGUGUAACGAGGGCCGUGUGGGUAGGAACUGUGAGUGCAGCAGCAACGACGUGGCCACAGAGGACAUGGACCGGACCUGCCGCAAAGACAACGGCACAGACAUCUGCAGCAACAACGGGGAAUGCGUGUGCGGCACGUGUGAGUGCAAGAAAAGAGAAAACCCAGAGGAAAGGUACAGCGGCCAGUUCUGCGAGUGUGACAACUUCAACUGUGACCGCUCUGGAAGCUUGCUCUGUGGAGGGCACGGACGCUGCGAGUGCAGAAAAUGCAUCUGUGAGCCCAUGUGGAAUGGAACCGCCUGCGACUGUUCUCUGGAUGAGAGCACGUGUUUGGCCAGCAACAAGCAGAUCUGUAACGGCAGAGGAAGGUGCGAAUGUGGCGCCUGCAAGUGCGAUGACCUCAAAUUCCAGGGCCCAACGUGUGAAGCGUGCCCCACCUGUCCUGGAGUCUGCAUUGAACACAAAGAGUGCGUGGAGUGCCGGGCAUUUGGCACUGGGGAAAAGAAAGAGACAUGUCAGAAAGAGUGCAGCGAUUUCACUCUGUUUAAAGUGAAGACUAGAGACAAGCUGCCCCAGCCCAACGACAAAUCCUACCCUGUCAUGCAUUGCAAGGAGAGGGACGCCAACGACUGCUGGUUCUACUACACAUAUGCUGUCACCAACAACACAGAAAAGGUGGUCUACGUGGUGGAGGAGCCAGAAUGUCCCACCGGCCCAGACAUCAUCCCAAUCGUAGCAGGCGUUGUCGCCGGGAUCGUUCUGAUUGGCUUGGCCCUCCUGCUGAUCUGGAAGCUGCUGAUGAUCAUUCAUGACAGGAGAGAAUUUGCCAAGUUUGAGAAGGAGAAGAUGAACGCCAAGUGGGAUACGCAAGAAAACCCAAUUUACAAGAGUCCAAUCAAUCAGUUCCAGAACCCAAACUAUGGACGUAAAGGCGCUGUCCUUUGAGGUGAAAAUCCAAUCUACAAAAGUGCUGUCACGACUGUGGUCAAUCCUAAAUAUGAAGGCAAAUGAUGGCCGCGUAAUUCUUCUUGAACUCUGACGUCACCUGUCCAGCAGCUGCAGUAUUUAUCGUUGGUUCGGCGUUCCACGGGAACAAGUGGUGGAAAAUGUGUGCGUUUGUCUUGUUGCUUCAUCAUAACAUUGUAUCACUCAGCCACAGCGUCUGUUAUUUUUACUAACACAUACGAUUUAUAACCAUGUGUUGUAUUUUUGUACAUCUAAGCUGGAUAUAGGCUGAAAUCGAAAUCGUGUUUCUUCUCUGCCGUUGGACUGGUCAGAUCGGAAAUUUGAGCCCGUGGAUUUAAAACGUAGAUGAAAGUCUUCUUCCGCUUGUGCUUCUUACCAAUUUGUCCACGACCUCCUGUUUAUUACGUCACUUGUGAGCUGUAGCUGCACACCGUGUCACAUCUGUUUGUGUAUGUUUAGAGAACAAUUGCAAUAAGAUAUUUUGAAAAAUGCGGAGCAGUUUACAGCAUAAAUCGGACAGCCGCAGUGAAACAGCAGAUCAUGCAGUGGUUGUAAAUGUAGUUUUGAAUUUAGAUCUGAUUUAAGAUUUUAUUGCACUCUUACAGAGUGUUGAUCUAAUAUGAAGGAGUCACAAGACAAAUAUGAACUAUGUUAUUUGCAUACUAUCAUAAAGGGUUUGUAUACCACUUGUAAAAACUUGUAAAAGUUACAGCAAUGCUGAACAAUCAAACAAUUUCUUUAUUUGCUAUACUAUGAUCAGAUACAACUAUGAUGUAAUCAGAUGGUUUUCUGCAUUCACUUUAAUCCUCAGGUCCCAUGUGUUUUUUAUAUCAGUUAUACCAAAUUCAUGUUUGUUUUUGUGCUGGUUUUCAUAUUACUCACACUGAAUGACUGAAGAUGUCACAUAAUUCACCUCAACAAUGUGCUCACACCCAAAUCCCUCUACACCACCACACACAAGCCUUUUACAAUAUUGCUUUCAAAGUGCCUUUUUUAUUUUAUUACCAUGUUCUCCGCAGUGCUGUUCAAAAGAUAUUUAUUAAAUACCAAAAAAAGUGUA